AUGUUCGUGAGGAGGUUCCCAACCUGUGCGCCGCUCUCCUUCGCGAGGAGGUACAUUGGGAACCAUAACAAAAUUUUUGACAAGCUCAAAGAAAGAGGGGGGCCUCUGGACGGGGAAACAAGUGAACACGUGUGCAACGAAAACAGCAAUGACGACCGAGUGGAAAUAAUUAACAUUGAUGAGAGGAUCCUCCGGAAUGAUAACAUCCCCUGGGGGGAGGUGAAACAAACAGGGGAAGAAAACAAAGACGAUCAAAACAGAGAAGAUGAAUUCUACAAAAACAUGAGGUACUUUAAGAAUGUCGAUGUGAGAAGCUUCAUCCAGGAGACGAUUGACUAUUACACACUUAAGCAGCUCGGAGGGGAUGAGUGGACAGCGAAGGAAGGACAGCACGAAGGGUCGAAUGAGAAGGGGGGACUCCAAAUGGAAAGGGGGGAAGCAGCAGCAGGAGAGCAACGAGUGGGCUAUAACGCAGAGCAAGCAUAUAGACCAACCACCUUCGAGGAGAAACCAAAACGCGAUCAUCACGCAGGGGAAAAAAACUACCAAGGGUUAACCCCUGCACAAAGAUUUUAUGAAGAGAACAAGGAGAAGCUUAUAAUGGAAAGUAUGAAGCAGUACAACGAACGGAGGAUAAAACUGGAUGGGGGGAGUAACCCUCACCUUGGGGGACAGACAACCCAGGGGGAGGAAGCUGAAGAAGACUAUUACCACACCCAGGUGACGGACCCCAUUGUCAGGCAGAGGGAGAACUACCUGUUCGACUACGAAGAUGAUGAAGGGGAAACAAACGGUGAUGAAGGCAGCAACGAAGCAGACGACAGUGUCGAACUGGAGAAGGGGGUCAUGCCCACCAUCGAGCAGAUCGUCUUCAUCCUAAAGCAUGAGAAGGUAAAAAACAUUAAAGUAAUAGACUUGGAUAAAUGCGGACGGAGAGACAUCGGGAUGUUCCUAAUUCUUUGCACAGGAGAAACACCCAAACAUAAUAAACGAGUGGGUAAAUUAAUCAGUAGAAUUUUUGUAGACCUAGAGAUACCCUACAUUUCGAAGGUAGCCUACUGUUACUGCAAUAAGUUUGAUGACUGGAUCAUUGCCCACUGUGGUCCCCUCAAAGUGCAUGUAGUUACGAAGGAGUUACGAGAUCUUUACGACCUGGAAAGUCUCUUCCUUUACCCCCAUGAGCAUUUCGACAGUGGGAAUUUCCCUGCCUUCUUCGACUACACGCCAGGCAUUCCGCCCCCCUACAUCGUCCGCAGUAACUCCUCCCUGGACGCCUAUCCGAAUGAUGAGCUUUACCGCAAGUUCCUUACGGAUACGUGA